CAAGAGUUCCAAGAGGCAAAGACCGAAAUAUAAAAAAUAAGAAACAGAAGGAGCUAUCCAUCAUGUUUUACCACAAAGUCUACAUGAACCAGAUCCAUUCCAGUUCUCUUCUCUGUCAGCUAGCUUCUAUGUGGAAAAACCAGGUUCUCUGUGAUGCAGUCAUAAAAGCUGGAAAUAGUCACAUUAAGGCACACAGGGUAGUGCUGGUUGCAGCAUGCCCAAUGCUACAUUCCAUGAAGAAUGCUUCUGUAGGCUCAAACUUAGAGGUGAGACUGGCUGCAGAUAUUAAACCAGAAGCCAUCAACACUUUUCUUCAAUAUCUGUAUGAAGGCUUCAUGAUGCUGACAGAAGAAAACUGUAAGGAUGUGGAAAAAAUUGCACGGGUCCUUCAGGUUGAUAGUGUUUUGAAGUGCUGUGCUGAUUUCUACAAAUGCUUACAUACUGGUGAGAAAUAUGAGUAUAGUUUCCAUGACAAUGUUGAAUUCAGGCAUGUCAGAGCAUCAGACCUUCUAAAGGUUCAUGAUAGAAGUAAGAGAGCCUCUGAUGUACAGCCAGCAAGCCCAGGAAUUAAACGCCAACGAAUUCAGAGCAGAGGGGGUUCUGAUUCGCUCGGUGAUUAUGGAGCAAGUGACCUAUGGGAUAGAGUUCCGAGAGAGUGUUCAGGAAGUUCCUCCACAAGAACAACUCAGCCAGGGGUCAUUGAGAUAUUGGAGGACAGUAUAGAAAUUGUACAUUCAGAUAAACCAGAGGAUUCAGGAGGGACAAGAAGAGACAAUCUUCAAGACAGAAUGUCAUUAUCUGUAGCAAGUCAAUUAAAAUCAAGUAAUGAUGUACAGAUCAUUAAUGUUUCCAGUGGAGCAGAGGCCCCGCAGCGGGUUUCAAACAGUUCAGACUCAUCACGAUUUUCAUCUCAUCCAACUUUCACUCAUUCUCAGGGAUCAUCUAAUACGAGUUUUCGGCAUGAUCCUAUCUUCCCGAAUCCAAGCAGUACUUCAAGUGCCAGGCUUCCCUCAUCUCCCUCACCACAUUCUAGAAUGCCAUCACCUUCAUCAGCCUAUCAUCCUCAACAAAGAAACACUACAGCACAUUCUCAACCAAAGCCAUUUGCAGCAGGAAAUGCCACACAGGCAUCAAAAAGUUACAACACACCAUCACCAGUUGAACAAUUACGUCCUGGUUCUCAGGAUCAGUCAAGAGUAACAGCAGGAGCAAGCACAGUGUCUUUUUCUUCACCAUCUUCUUCACUAGGAGCUCCCCCUGUGUCCUCCCCAUCCACCUCCACACAACCACCACAACCAGUUGCUUUAUGGAGGAGUACCAGUUCAGAUGCUGUAGCUUCAGGGCCACCACCAGUGACUCAGCUGACAGAGAAACCAUUACUUCAACGGUCAGAGAGCACACCUGCCACAACUGGUGCAGAUAUAUCCAUAGUUAAAGUGGAAAGUGAGGUGACAUUUGAUGAACAGUUCCAUGGUGAUGACCCAAAUAUUACUUUUGACCCAGAUGACCAAUCAGGAGACUGGAACAGAGAAGACACUUCAAAUGAAGAAAGCAAUGCAAGUGAAGAUAAGAUGCCUCAGUGGAUGGCAGAGAGUAUGAAAGCAUACAAAUCAGACGAUAGACCCUCUUCUUCGGGUGAGGAACCAACAGCUGGCAGAAGUAAGCUCUCCGAAUACAUCGAUAAGUUACACGAUCUUCAAACAAAGGCAAUGUAUUUUGACAUGAUGCGUAACAGACCAAAAAUGUCAAUUCCGGCGGAAGCUUCAGAGGUUACCGAAAGUGCCGACACCUCGGAAGUUUUGAAGGGACUGGACUUGACCAUUAGAUCCUCGCAGCAAAAACACGUACCAAUUUACAACAAGGACAGGAAGUACACACCCUGUUUGUACUGUGGGCGGCUAAAGAACAGAACACGGUCAGGAUGGCGUGUGAACACUUUUUACCGUUGUCUGCAGUGUGACGUUCCACUCUGUGUUAACGACCGUAACUGCUUUGUGCUCUAUCAUAAAUAUUUUCUUGGUAUGACUAAUGUGGAAUCUCCAGGACGUCGUCGAUCACGUGAUCUUAGUCAUUUGGAAGUGAAAAAAGAGACAAAUGGCUAAGUUGCUUUUUAUAUAACAUUUUGUUUAGUAUUUCAUAUCAUUCAGUCAUAUUAAAUUGUCUUAUAUUAUAGAGUGAUAUAUUUGUACUAGAAGUACAACAUGUAAUAUUGUGUAUUGAAUUAAGCUUCAGACUAUUAUGCUUAUUGAACUGCAUCCUUGGAAACCAACUAUUGACACGUGUUCUAAGAGACUUGACCAGGCGUGGAUUUCUGAUGUUGCUGAACAUUUUGGUGAAUAGAUGGUUGUAUUUUAUCUACAUUUAGGCUUAUACAUAUUCAUGUCAUUUGUUUGCUUCUGUUCUUGAGCAUAACGUUAUAGGACGAAAUCUCUGUGUACUGUGACUGAAAUACUGCUUUUCUCAUGUUUUGUAUUUUACAAUCACUUGUUAUGCAUUAUGCAUCGUAUUUGUUGAUUUUUUUCUCGAGUAUUUAGGUACUUAAGACUCCAGUUAAUUUUUUUUAUUUGGGACAGAAUAUAUCUUAGUUAUUCAUAGAUUUUUACCACGAAGGAACUUUGACCCCUUCUCUUGUAAUACCGGUUAACAGCUUUGAGUUGUUCUUUUUUCAUUAAUACUUAUAGUACAAUGUUCUCUUACUUUAUAUUCUCAUUCUUUUCACACGAAAUGACUCAAUUUUCUUAAUGAACGUCAAACGCACAAUAUGUCUUUGUUACCUGAUUGGAAAAUUGACUAUAGCAGUAUUACAGAUAUUUUAUUCCGGUCGUCUUAGACGUGUAGAAUAUCUCAGUUUUAUACCGGUGAUAUGUCCCCUAAACUUUGCUUUUAUAGUGUGUUACAGGGGUCUUAAAAGGUAUAUUCAGGAAAUAUUUGUUUCAGGGACUAUGUCUAUUAUGUGUAUGAUUAAGUAGAUUUCUGACACUAGCCCCCUCAUAUUACGAGUAAUUUUUUCUUUGAACGUUUAAAACAUAUUUUGUAAAAUUCGAUAUUCAGGAAUACUACCCUUUACCCUUUUAUUUGUUUUUUUUUCAUUUUGUAAUUUUUAUAUUCACAUUUACUCAUCGUUACAGAGAAUAAUAGACUUGAAUUCAGCCGUUCUACAUUUACUCACCGUUACAGAGAAUAAUAGACUUGAAUUCAGCCGUUCUACAUUUACUCAUCGUUACAGAGAAUAAUAGACUUGAAUUCAGCCGUUCUGUCCAGUGGUUGUUAUGUCUCUAUGUUACGUGGUAAAUGUAAAAAGAAAUUUUCGAUAACUUUAUCCCCCCCUUCUUUUUUAUGAUUUAAAGAAAUAUAUAUAAAUUUGCAGUUGGUGAUUUUCCUUUUAAUCUUCAAUUUUUGGAAUAUGAUAUAUUUUAAAUAUGUUUUAAAAGUUAAAGAUUUUCCUUUGUACGUGUUGUAUAUCUAUAUAUUUUGGCUAUUUGUUUAGGGCGCAGUUUUGCAUUACCGAAACUCGAUAUUGCAUUACCGAAUUUUUUUUUAUCAAUACCAAAAAUAUUUAAAUAUUAUUACCGAAAUACAAUGCAUAGCAUCUCUGAAAAUCUACAUUUAAUGCAUAUUCCAUUAGCCCGGUUGUACUGUUGUCUCCUCUCCACGGGGAGGUGAAAGAGGAUCUUGGGUAGGAUAAUGUUUCAAAGAUACAGAUUUCAAGUCGAAUUUAAAACUGGAUUAAAACACAUGUCAAAGCUCCACUAUUUAAUGUUUGUAUUAUGAUACGUGUUGUUGACUGUUGAUAAUGUCAAAAAAGGAAGAUUUUUGGUUGACUUGUAGAACUGGAAAUUGAAAUCGGAGUGAAAUGAUUCUGGCCCGUUCAGGCCGUUGUUCGUUCCCUUACUUUUUCUUCGGGAAUGGAUGCGCACAUUGACGUGGUACUUCAACCGGUAUCUCAAUUUGACUUUAUGGUAAUAAUAUAUAAUAAUAUUCUUUCGGAAAUGAAAGAAAAUACUUUUUGGUAAGGAUAACUGAUCAAUUUCAAUAUUUUCGGUAAUGCAAUGCAGCCGUUUAAGGAAUGUUUGAAUUUCUGCAUUCAUAUCGAUUUUAAAAAUACCCUCAGGUCACAGGUAAUAAUUAACCUCAUUCAGACGUUUUUAUAUAAAUAAGUAUGUUAACAGAUCAACAGUUUUUUUUUUUUUGUACAUUUUGUUUUGCCAAACAUUAUAUGGAUUGUUGAAUUUUGCAUAUUUUUAUACUUCGUUGUAUACAACAUAUCUAGAUUUGUUUUCUUUUUUCAUAUUAUAUCGGAAAAUAAAGAUCUA